AGUUGGCUGAAUUGUUUUAUGGGCUUUUCUCUUUUGCAAUAAAGUUCCAAUCUUUAUUGUCUAUGUGAUUAAUGGAUGCUAUGGUGAUAAGUUUGCUGAACCCUUUUUUUGUUUUCUUGAUUCUAUAGUAACUUGUUCUGGGAGUUUCUCUACAAGAAUUCUUUCCCAUUUUAAAGAUUUUAUUUUUGCAAGAAAUUCCAGAUGUGUGUGCAUAUGCAAGCAUAGAUUUCCUUUUUAUUGUCGAUGAUUAUUGAUUAUGCAUUGCUAAAGUUAUUGUAUAAUAGUUAACUGCUGGGAAAAUCAGAGUAGAUAUAGUGUUAAUUUACUUCAUUGCUGAUUUGUUAGAGACAUGAGAUUGAUAUAUGUAGUCAAUUUAAUUUUCUGCCUCAAUUAGUACUAAAUUUUGGCUCACCUUAGGAUCAUAGGUUUCAUCUCUAGGUAUAGAAAUUUCGAGUAUGCCUAUAUCCAAUCAAAUAUCUACUGGAGUUGAUAAAGGAUCUCACCUUAAUAUACUUGCAUAUAUAGCUGAAUGAUGAGCAUAUAAAUUUCUUGUUCGUUCUUGAAAAUCGUCAGGAAAUUACAUGAUACAGUGUUUCUUAUGUUACAUAUUUGAAUGAAUCAUAAGAUAAAUGGGAAGGAGCUACCUUCAAGUAACUGUAAAAAGAAACAUGGAUGCAGACAUUCAUUUUAUCGUUUCAGAGCCUUGGUAUAAUAUAUGGCCGGUUGAGCACGGCUCCCCUGUAUGUAUUUGAAACAAUUGACGCAGGAGACAUUUCCUCGCCAGAAGAGAUACACGAACUCUUCUCAUUUAUUUUCUGGACCCUCACCCUCAUUCCCUUGCUGAAGUAUUCUUUCAUCGUAUUGAAGGCUGAUGACGAUGGAGAAGGUGGUCCAUUUUCGUUAUAUUCAUUGCUCUGUAGGCAUGCUAAAGUGGGGUUGAUUCCAUCCAAUAGCGGUUCGAGCAAGAUGUUGUAUCAUGAAGAAGACGAGAUCUCUUCGUCACCAUCUCAAGAAAAAACAGAAAACAAAGCUAGAAAGGCUAUAGAGAAGUAUAAAAGCUGCCACUAUUUGCUGUUAUUCCUUGCUCUGCUCGGUGCUUGCAUGAUAUUAAGCGAUGCAGUUCUUCGACCAGCAAUUUCUGUGUUAUCAGCAACGUCUAGUCUUGGACGUUCGUUGGCGGAAAUAUCAAAAGUUUUCUAUUCAGACAAAUCGAAGGACCAUGUGACCAAUGCCUUCAAGAAAUAUUUGCCCGCUCCUGUGGCAUGUGCCAUAUUGGUUGGCCUUUUCACGUUGCAGCAUCACGGAACGAAGAGAAUUGGGUGCUUCUUUGCCCCAAUCAUCAUCACAUGGCUUCUCUUCAUCAGCGGGUUCGGCCUCUAUAAUAUUAUUCAUUAUGAUGCCCAGAUCCUCCGUGCUGUCUCCCCAGUGUACAUGCUAAGGUUCUUGAGGAAAUUUAAUCUCCGACACGGGAAACUCCUAAGCAGCACUGUCUUAUGCAUUGCAGGGUCGGAGGCGAUGUUUGCUGACCUAGGCCACUUUUCCAAGAAAUCUAUCAAGGUUACGUUCAUCUGCUUCGUAUAUCCUGUCCUUUUGUUAACAUAUGCUGGACAAGCUGCAUUUAUCUCGAAGAAUCUUCAUGCUGAUGGUGCAUUUCAUCUAAGUGAAUCCAUACCUAAUAGGGAUCUUGAGCAUAUAUUUGCUGUGUUGUCGCUGUUUGCUUCGGCUGUCGGAAGCCAAGCUACCAUUACAGCUGGUUUCUCAAUCAUACACCAGUGUCAGGCGCUCGACUGUUUCCCCAGAGUAAAAGUUGUUCACACGUCGAAUAAAAUCUUCGGGCAAGUCUAUGUUGCCGACGCAAACUGGCUGUUUAUGGUUUUGAGCAUAGCAUUCACCAUUGGCUUGCAUGAUACAUCAAAGCUUGCAAGAGCAACAGGGUUGUCUGUUACUACGUGCUUGUUGGUAACGACUUGCUUGAUGUCGCUCGUGAUUGCUCUGUACUGGGAGAAGCAUCUGUUUGCAUCAGUAUCUUUUCUGCUCUUCUUUGGCUCCGUUGAGGCGAUAUAUCUUACGUCAACAUUGACGAGUUUCUUUCGUGGCGCGUGGUGCUUGUUCAUCCUAUUCGUAUUCUUUAUGACGAUCAUGGCCGCCUGGCACUACGGCACUCUCAAGAAGUAUGAAUCCGAUGUAGAGAACAAGGUAUCGAUCGAGUGGCUAACGGAUUACAGUCCUCGUCUCGGUGUUUCCAGGGUGCCGGGUAUUGGCUUUGUCUACUCCGAUGUCGACACGGGAAUCCCUGCCUUCUUCACUCAUUUCAUCUCAAAUAUUGCUGCAUUUCAUCAAGUUGUGGUGUUUGUGACCUUCAAGGCUUCUCCCGUGCCGUACGUCCACGAGAGCAGGCGGUAUCUCAUAGGCCGAGUCGGCCCGACAGAGUACAAAAUGUACCGCUGCAUAGUGCGAUAUGGAUACCACGACAAUGUCAGGGACACGGAUGACUUCGAGGAUGAUAUAAUCCGCUCGAUCGGAGAGUUUAUCAUGAGGGAGGAAUACGACCACGAAGCAUUAAAUUCGCCCGAAGGUAGGAUGAUCGUUCUAGGUACCCCGUCGAACGACGGGGACGGUCUGAUCACCGUCGCAGAUAUGAGCUCGAGUGAAUGCUCUUCGACCGUGGGAGUAGGCGAAUCUCAACGUGUUCUCCUGGAUGCUCCAUCGAGCAGCGGGAACAGGAAACGGGUUCGAUUCAUGCUGCCCCCGGAGAGCCCUGAAAUGCGAGUGUCGGUUUCGCAGGAGCUCGGGGCAAUGAUCGACGCUCGGGAAAGCGGGACUGCGUAUUUCUUGGGGCAGUCCCAUUUGAUGGCGAGGCAGGGCUCAAAUUUGUUCAAGAGGCUGCUGGUAAUGACUUAUGUUUUUCUUGAUAAGAACUGUAGGGAGCCUCCAGUUGCACUCAACAUUCCUAAUGCUGCUCUCUUGGAAGUUGGAACAGUUUAUAAAAUAUGAUACUCUUGUUUUCUCGAAAUCCACAUGGGCCGGGGCGACCGACUCCACCGGCAGUUCAUGACGGUUCAAACCUCAAUUUUGUGAAGCUGUCGCUGGCCUCACGGUGCGCCAGCUUUGCCCUAAUCCUUUGCGAUUGGGGUUCACUUACCGCCUCUGACGCCGUUGACAACCUUCUUUACUAUAUCUGAUCUGAGUU